UUCCGUUUCAACCGAUUUGUCCACAUUACUGCUCCAUGUCAGCCGGUUUAUAUAAAAUGGCGUCAGCCGAGUUUUUAGAGCAAGCUUUGUCCACAGACGUUGACGAGAACGCGGUGAAUGCUAUCGUAGGUUCUCUGGAAAAUCAAUUGGUUACGUCCGUUCCAUCAGUGUCGUCACAGAACAAUACAGUUAAUGUUAUUCCUAGUCAGCUUACUAAUAUUACAUCAAAUCCGAGUUCUAUUAUUGGUGUGCAAAAAUACAAUACGGACCAAGUGAAUGUUGGUGAAAUAACGACUGGUAAUUUUCAAUCAGUGGGUCCAGCUGCUGGCGGUGUGACUUAUAAUAAUGUACAAACAUCCGGUCAGGGCUUCGUUUCGCAACAAUCGUUAAGUAACUCAAGCGAACCCAUUAAAGUGAUAUACUCUCCUCAGACAUCACAAACUUUGUCUAACAGUGUAAACAGAGUGUCAUUUCCCUCUCAAGCAUUACCGAAUGGGAGUAUCGGCCUGGCAGCAUCUCAGAAUCAAAUAAUCCACACUGGAGCUCCCUGCGCCGUCAUCCCGCAGACCGUGAACAAAACCAUUACUAUGCAGCAGCCCCUCGUCAUCAAGCAAGGCACUACAGCUGGUCAAGUCGGCAUGCAGCCUGGGAUGGUGACAGUGCCCAUGACAGUUAAUUCAAGCAUGCCUAAUUCAAUACCUAAUGUUAUGACUUUAAAUAAGCCAGGAGGGCAAAAUGUUGUGGUAACAACUCAAAAUUUAGGCUCGGGGCAACCUGCAAUAAUUCCUAAUGUUCAAAUAUUAAAUAUGAGACCAGGAACUCCGUCAGUUGCAGCUCAGAAAUCAGUAGCUACAGUUUCACCACGGGUAGUAAUUGGAACACCUCAAGUAGUAGGAGCGAGAGCUGCCACACCAGGGAUUACGCUGCAAACUCUGCAGAGUCUACAACCUGGGCAGCAGGGUCAUUUGUUGUUAAAGACUGAGAAUGGGCAAUACCAGUUGCUGAGGGUGGGCCCCGCGCCCGCGGCCAGCUCGCUGGCGCCGCCGGCGCAGACCAUCCGGCUCUCGACCGUGCCGGCACAUCCCGGCGUACAGACGGUGUCGACGAGUGUCGCGGCUGCGGCGCAGAUGCAGAGCCAGAUGGCUGCGGGCGCGGUGACAGCACCGGCGGCCGUAGCCUCGCCCGCGCCCGCGCCUCCGCCACAGGCGCCCACUGUCACUACGCAGAAACCUUCAGACAACACAAAAGAAAAAUGCAGAAACUUUUUGGCAAAUCUUUUGGACCUGUCAAGUAAAGAACCCAAGUCCGUUGAACGAAAUGUGAGAAAUCUCAUCCAAGAGCUGAUUGACGCCCAAGUGGAGCCAGAGGAGUUUUGCGAUCGGCUCGAAAGGUUGCUGAACGCUAGCCCUCAACCAUGCCUCAUAGGCUUUCUAAAGAAAAGUCUGCCUCUUCUGCGACAAUCCCUGGUGACCAAAGAGUUGGUAAUUGAAGGAAUCAACCCGCCGGCGCCACACGUGGCGUUCUCCUCUAUUCCGGCGCCACCGCACCAGACCAUCAUGGCCACAUCCAACGUACAGAUGCCUAAACCUGCAGUCAAACCUGGAAAUACGAUAGCGGUGUUACAAAAUAUACCUGUUCAUACAAAGAUAAACGUGAGCAAAGUGGGAGGCAAAGCGAUGACUGUCAACAGUAAAGCAAAUUUCAAUCGAUCAGCGGCGGCGACCGCGGCGCUUUCCACGGUUCUGACCCCCGGGAAGUCGCUGCUCAAGGAGAAGGAGAAGAAGUCGUCCUCGCAGUACUCGCAGCCGUUCGUGGACGACAAGAUGGCCGGUGACGACGACAUCAACGACGUAGCGGCCAUGGGCGGCGUCAACCUAGCCGAGGAGAGCCAGAGAAUACUCGGCUCCACUGACAUGAUCGGAACACAAAUAAGGUCGUGCAAGGACGAGUACCUGGUGCCGACGGGGCUGAUGUCGGCGCGGCUGAAGGCGGCGGCGGCGCGGCACGGGCUGGAGGAGCCGGCGCCCGACGUGGCCGCGCUGCUCACGCACGCCGUGCACGAGCGCCUCAAGAACCUCAUCGAGAAACUAGCGCUCAUCGCACAACAUAGAAUCGACCUCGUUAUAAAGACGGACUCCAGGUACGAAGUGACACAGGACGUGAAAGGGCAGCUCAAGUUCCUGGAGGAGCUCGACCGCGUGGACAAGAAGCGGCGGGAGGACUCCGAGAGGGAGAUGCUGCUCCGGGCCGCCAAGUCGCGCUCCAAGAACGAGGACCCUGAGCAGGCCAAGCUCAAAGCCAAGGCCAAAGAAAUGCAACGUGCGGAGCUGGAGGAGCUGCGGCAGCGGGAGGCGAACCUGACGGCGCUCCAGGCCAUCGGGCCGCGCAAGAAGCCGCGGCUGGACGGGCCCGGCGGCGGCGACCUAGUGCCCAACGGCGCCGCGCACUCCACCACCGGCUUGAGCGGACGCAGCCAGCUGGCGCUGCGGUCGCGGCUGAAGCGCAUCAACCACCGCGACAUGGUGUUCCUGCUGGAGCAGGAGCGCGACACGGCGCACUCGCCGCUCAUCUACCGCAGCUACCUCAAGUGACCGGCGGACCCCGACCACAGGCCCGUGCUCGGCUACCCGCCCACCACCAUCAAUCCCAACUACACCAACGAGAGAGUUCCGAUCAAAACGUAUGUCGCACCGUCUGCUAAUUAGAAGCCACGAUCUGAAUGACGAAGUUGUGAAACCACUGAAUGGCGUGUCAGACACCCGUCUAUACUUAUUUCACUCUUCUUUGGGACUCGCGCUAACAUAUGUCCGUUAGUGUCAGUAUGUGAUAGUAACGAUAGGACUGACAUAUUGAAAUUAUUCAACACGUCAAACAGUAUGAUAUACCUAAAAGUAAAUUUAAUUUGUAUAUACAAUCUAAGGGACUGUUAGAUACAUAAUAUAUUAAUUUUUUAUCUAUAAACAAUGAGGGUAAGCGUUAAAUGAAUCAGACUUUCUUCCUUCAGCUGUACAUGGAGCUGCAAUGUCUUGCUUAAUUAUAAGUACUUAUGAAGUUGUUGACUGCGUGGAACGUCGCAUACAACGUUCGUUAGGGUAAGGUCAGAUGCAAAAAUAUCAAUCGUAGUUUCUACACUUGAUUAAUAGUUAUUUGUACAACAAGAGAUCAAAGUUUGAUAUUUCUAAGAGUGCUUUUUUGAGUCCCGUGCAAGCGAAAGAUUCUAUAUAAAGCGUAGUAAGAGACUGACUCAAAAGCGCACGAGAUGUAAAUAACUUUGAUCUCAUGUAGUACACAAAAUUUUUCACCUGAGCAGUGAGAACAUACUUAGACAACUUGAAAAAUGUAAUCCUUCUUCAUGACUUAAAAAUACCUGCACUCAUGUUUUCUUAAGAUAUACAAACAAUUAAGUUUAAUUGUCGCAAUCGAACACAAAAACAAAACGUAAUAAUAAAUUUCAGUCAAAUAAUAUGAAAAUAACGGACAUCAACUGACACUUUAAUUGCCAACUUUUUUUUUGUAAAAAAAAAACUUUAUAAAAUGCGGUCCGAAUUGCGGAUACGUACAUUUGUCAACUAUGGUAGAAAUAAUAAAUUUUGCGUGAUAAUCUGUGUAUUUUUGAGUUCAUUAUUGCACCAUAUAAUACCUUAAAUAUAGUAUUUUAUCAGUUUUUAAUCAAAUCUUAAACUUUAUUUUUAUUAAUUAAUUAUUAAGAAUUCAUACACGUAUGUGGUUUGGAACGAUGCGGUCUGAAGUUUUCGGGGGUCUACCCUUGUUCGAGCUGCUGAGGUGAAAAAUGGUUUUGUAAGAAUUUUCUACGUUUAUUAAUUAUACAUCAUGUUUUCAUUAUUGUUUAAAUGUUUAAUGAGAUAUUUAUAUAACAUAUUCAUAUUACAAAUCUGUGUUUACAAAAAAUAUGUAUCAUUUAUUUCUCAGCAUUAUCUAUCUGUCUACUAAAAUUAAUAUACAAAAAUGAUAUUUAUGUUUUUUACCGAAGUGGUAAUGACUUUAUUUUAGUUUAUUGACUAGCGACCCGCCCCGGCUUCGCACGGGUUAUCAAAUUAUACACCUAAACCUCCCUAAAGAACCACUUUAUUGAUAGGUGAAAACCGCAUGAAAAUCCGUUCAGUAGUUUUUGAGUUUAUCGCGACCAUACUAAAAAAAACAGACUGACGUUGAGGGGGACUUUGUUGUAUAAGGUGUAGUGAUAUAUCCUCGUAAGGCCCAAGGUCCUACCUAUAGUACUUAUUCAGUUCGAUGAAAUUUAAAUCAUAUCCAAUUGGAACAGAGUUGCAUUUGUCUCGCGUCGUUCAUUUUUUAUACAAAGCAAAAUCAACUCAAUUUCUUACAGUAUAGGUUCAAAUUGCAGUGGCAAAUUUUGGAUUAUUUAUUUUUAUGGCUGGGCCUUAGGAGGAUAAUGAAAAAGUAGAUAUUAAUGCAUUGAUAUAAAUGCUGAUAUGAAUAAAAAAAAAUACUAGAGCAGUACCUAUUUAAGAACGGGGUUGAUCGAUAUUUUACCUGAUAUUGAGUUAGGCUUUAUAUAGCCCUGAGAAGAGGACAGGGCACCUACUGUAGCUAAAACUCAACAACGCAAUAUCUUGGUCCAAUGCCAUUGCGUCUCACUCUCUCAUUAAGCAAAAUGUAAGACAAAAUACACAUUUGACUGUAUCUAAAAUCUAAAUCAUAAUAAAUUUAAGAAUAGGUAUUUACGAUACAAGUGCGGAAAAGCGGAAUUUCAAAUUUUUAAAUCGACACGAGUUGCGAAUUACCUAUUCGCACGUGUAUCGUACAACGUUUUACAGUACAUAUGGCCCUUUAAACUUUUGACAUACGCACGAAAAGUGCUAUUUUACUUUGGUUUAUAGUACUUUAAUUUAGAUAGCUUAAUUGGUAACGUUAGACCAAUUUACUAAAGAUAAACUUUUUUAUUGCAAAUAUUACGGACUAGUCCCGGGUGUAGUUUUGGCUUGUCCGAGAAUAUUACAUAAUCCUUUCACCAAAGUACCUAUCAGAAAACGCAAUUUUCUAAAUUGCCUUGUAUACAAGUAAUUGCCAAAUCAAUUACCUAUGAAGGUAUGUCUGUUAAACUUUUUGUAAUUAAAAUACUAAUGCUUGCAGUGAUUGUAAAUAUCUUUUCUAUCUUAUUAAUAUUGUAGCAGCUGGGUUUCAAUGGCCGGUUUUUAUAGUGCAAUAAAUUAUUUAAUACAUUCUUACACGCUCAGCUAGCAGAAUAUUAGAUUGUUAACCAAGGCACUCAUUUCAGUAGAGGUAGUUUGGUCACCAAUAUUCCCAGACUUAAAUGGUGCCUUUCAUCCGAGUUAAACACACUGUUUUCAACAACCCAUGACUAAGUAUAAACAUGCCAUAGCCCUUGAGGGUACUUUCAAUUAACAAUUUAGGUAAAAAUAUCGUUAUUUACGGAAUGGGGAGUAAAAUAUUACAUAGAAAUUGUACAUAAAUCCGUUUAAAAACAAACCCGUUUAAUUGCUCAUCGUAUAAAAAGAAAGAAAAAACGUACUUUGGGAUAACAUGCUCUGGAGUAACGUAUCACCUUCUGCGCACUUCAUAGAACAACAAUGACCCACUUUUAGAGCAUGACAAAUGAAAUAGAAACAAGUGCGAAUAGUAGGAAAUUAUUGAGUGGCGAUUAUUAAAAGACGACCGAAGGGAGAGAGAGACAAAGCAUCCAAACUGCUGGCCCUGCCGGCGCGGCCCCGACCGGCCCGAGUACAACUUUCUUUAGUCUUGAAUAAAUACGGUAAAAUAACCUACAGUAUUGGAUAUUUUUGUUUUUUUUUCUUCAUAAUCGAAGUGAAAAGUAGGUACAGCGUAUAACUCAGGCAUAAAUGUCCAUGUUUAUCCUCGACAAUAAAUGGCAUCAGAUAAAAAAAUGGAUCGCUUUAUGCCCUUGUUGUAUAACGAUCUAUUUUUGAAAAAACGUAUUAUAGUCAGCUUGAAAUGAAUUUAGUAUGUUAGCUUUGGGUAUGCCUGACGCAACACCAGAAUGAAACACAAUUUAUUCACCACACCAAUGUAAAACAUCAAACAAAAUCAUUCCAAAUUAACGUUAUGAAAUAAUCAUUUAUUACCAGCCAACAUAAGGAAUAACUCAAAAUUUGCAUCAGAUUGCUUUGCCACACAUUCGGGUAAAAUGGAAGGUAUCGUCUUGGGUCGUCCCAUUCGUUUUUCGUCAAGUUCUUAUGUUUGUCCUAUUCUGCUUUCGUCACGCAUUCUACAUUGAAAGCAACCGAUGAUUGUGACGAAUGUAGAAUGAUUGACGAAUCAGAAUAGGACUAAUUUAAGAACUUAACGAAUGGGACGACCCAACACGAUACCAAAUGGAACUUUCUUAUCAGUUUUCGAUGUACAAAGAGAGUUAACGGCUGGUGUGGUGAAAAAUAUUGUAUUGUCUUUUCAUUCAACAUUAGGGUAGGUUAUAUUAAAAACAGCUGUUAUUAUUCCGAUAGAUCCGUACCUUUUUGUGAAUUCCGGGAUACUAUAAAAGUUUCCAGAUAAUUCACUUUAAUUAAAAGACACAGAACCACUGGCAAAUCUUAUCACAUAGUAAUUAGGUUUACAUGUGGUCAAUUAACCGUGUCGAUGAAUUGUACAACAGCUACUGAAGUAUGAACUAAUGAACAAAAUGCCGAGGCUAAAUUAUCGAUCUGUGUCACGAUAUUAUGGUUUUUUACGGCAGGAAGAGUGUUAAUGAUAAGAGGAUAUUUUAGCAUGAUUAUAAUGUUAACGUUCGCAAAUAGCGACGAAUAUACAAUACAAGGGUAGAUACUACUGAUUGAUAAAUAAGUUAUUUUUUUGCACAGUGUUGAACAAAUUCCACGUUAGUAUAGGUGUUUAAGAAUGGACUGUAGUCUAUGCGGAAAGAGAAGAGUCGUAGAAUGCGUAGGCUCUCUUAGCUCCCACGACUGUUCUCUUUCCACACACUAUAAAGUAAUGGGGUCAUGUUCAUAAUCCUUGGUGGUGAACACUAGAGUAGACUAAAAUGUCUCAAAAAUAUCUUAUCUUUUAGUUAAUUACUAUAUUUCGAGGGAUGCUAAGCCGACCAUAAAUAUUUGCUUGUAAUAUAAAAAAUAUAGUUAAUGUAAUAUUAGUAGCUAAAUUAAUGUUGUAAAUAUAUCAUUUUCCGAA